AUGGACUCCGUGGAGGUAAGUAAUGAGUGGAGAGAUCACGUCAAGCGCGCUGUUGUUGUCGUUACGGCAAGCACUCGCCUCUGUGCAAACAUGCUCGCAGUCUAGCGCUUAUUUGUUCGCUUUUUCCUCUUCUGAACUGCAGGCAAAGAGGCCAAAUAUUAAUCCUGCGCCUGCUGCUAGUCAUCCUGAUCCAUUUAAUCGAAAGUCAGUGCGGAAACCACAGAAAGGGACUCAGAAAAAACAGCAAGGAUCCUCCAGGUUUCGGACUAAACCGAAUUUUGAAAUCCAACCUCUUGGUCCAUUGAAAGGUGGGUGAUAAAAUGACUGUAAAACAUAACCGACACUGAGUUUGCUAUUCUUACAUGCCUGAAAUCGAUAUCUUUUUCCUAAAAUGACUGUUCUGUUUACAAACCAGAUGCAUCGCCAGCCGAGCAACAGGAAUUGUUCACAAAAAAACUACAACAGUGUUCUGUAGUCUUCGAUUUUAUGGAUCCAGUCAGUGAUCUGAAAGGAAAGGAAAUCAAGCGGGCAACUUUAAACGAGCUUGUUGACUAUAUUGCAUCAGCUCGUGGAGUCCUCACUGAGGCUGUUUAUCCAAAAAUAAUCGAAAUGGUAAGUGAAUGAGCUGUACUAAACGUCAUCGUAAAAAUGACGAUUUUACUAGCUAGAGUACAGAAGGAGUUGGCGGUUUUUACAAAGCUCACAUGUACCCCAAUUGAUUUGCCGGCCAGCUAUCCUUUUAGGCCCUUGACUUUAAUUUGCAAAGCUCUCAGAGUAGAAAUUUUCGACCAUUAGUUCAUUCAUUGGCCUUGACAACUUGAAAAGGAAAGAAUCAGCCAAAAUGUAGCUUCCGCCGGCCCAAUGCUGAUUUCAGCAAGGCGUUAAACAAGUUAAAGAACUUAGUUUUCCACAAAAGGCUAAAGGCGAAAUUUGCUGUAGAGUUCAUUUCAUAUCAGUCAUUGCACGUCAAGUUCUUCGUAGGGAAAUGAAGUUUUUAAAAUUACAAAACGCUUCCGGACAGUUGCAGUGGAAGGCUUACAAAAAUCCACCUUUUCCAUACUAAGGGUAUUAAAUAUGUCUGCUUGUGUAAAUAUUGUUCGGAUUAUGUUUGCAUCGUUCAUUGGACCACAGGUACAGCUACAGUUUGCAGGCCAUUAGCUCGCAGAAUCUUGGCUCCUGCGUCUUUUAAUUUCGUUUUAACGUUUUUUGUUCGUCACUCUAGAAUGGUGAACCUCUAGAAGUAUACAUACAUGUAAAAAUAUCAAUUAGUAGAUAUUACGGCGAGUCAUGAUAUCCUCUUGUCAACUUGACGACAUGUUUGCUAAAUUUGUAUCUUUGCUCAGUCUUAAAAAUGUAAUAAUACAAAUCCUCCAGUACUUAAAGCACUUCGAGGUUCCUGCAUAGAUUGUUUUGACCUUUCAGCCAUAGUUCCUUUUCAUGUAACAGCAAAUGAAAGGCCCGUGUGGUUGAAGAGCAGUAUUUUCUUUCCGGGUUUAAAAUUGCUGCACCCCCGUUUGCCUCGUGUUGUUUAGACUUUGUUCUUGUGUUAAACGUUUUUCUAUAAAUUGCAUGUCUUAUUCAAGAUAAAGAGUAUAUGUGCUUCCAUUUUUAAAUCUGACUGUAAUUACUUCUGAGGUGAGAAAAAAUAUGUCCAUUGAGACUUGCGUCGAUUCAUAAUGAGUUGGAAACGGUUUUGUUUACAGUUGUAUGUGAAAGCUUUUUAGAUCAUGCUUCCAUUAAUAUCAGUAACAGAUGUCCUGAAAGAUACAGGUACAUUUCCCAGAACAAACACUUUAGAAUGCAAGAUCAAGGACAAAAAAGUAUCAUAACUUUUGUGCAGCUUAAACCCAGAAAAUUAUAUGAUUAUGGGUUAUUACUGGUAUUUGUCAACAAAUUAAUGUUAUUUCUAGGUUAGCGAUGCCUAUGAUAUAUCAUUCCAUUGAUUACAACAAAUUAGAGUAAACUAAAUUUUUCACUUGUUGUAGGUACUAUACCUUUUGGCAUUGUUGUUGAUAAAGAGUGAAAAAGUGGACUAACCAGGAUGAUGAUUCUGUUAUUAUAUUAAUAUUAUUUUCAUCAAUGUCCUUAUAUGUUUAACCAUAGCUUCAAACUUCUGACUUGCUGACAGUUUUCACAAAGGAUGUGAAGUAUAUGAAAUAAUUCAUAUUUGAACUGCGGUUGUAGAUGAAAGUGAAGAAUGAUCAUCGCAGUAAAUUUUCCAAUUUAAGCAAUUGGAAAGAAGAAGCCUGAAAAAAAAUCAGGGCUUCAACGGGAUUCGAACUCGUGACCUCCGCGUUGCCGUCACAAAGUGGUGAAGAUCCACUUUUUCCUUUUUCUCAUUUCAAAGGGGACAGACAGCAAAUUGUUGUUGCUCAUAAUAUCUAUAAGUUGUUUCUGUUCAUCAGUCUGAUAUGUUUAGGGAGGUAUGGACACCUCCAACCCUCCCCCAGGAUCCUAUAUCCUCCACUGUUUCAGGUGAAUGAGUAUGAGUAUAAUCUAUGCGUGAUUUAACCAUUUAGAUUUCCAAAAAAUUUCAUCUCAUAGUUAUCAAAUUUCAUUAGGAUGUUAUUUGCCAUGGAACAGAUCUCAACCAUAAACAGUCGAACCACCUCAUUUUUACAGAGACUUUCUAUUCAUCAAGUCCUUAAGGGUUGAUUUCCACUGUCGCAUACGCAUAAUUGAUUUACAUGUUAAAACAACAUCUUGUUAGUACAUGUUGAGAUGAUUAAAUAUAUUAUUAAAUGAUCAACAAACAAAAACAUUUAUAUUUAUAGGUAGUGGAGCCAAGGAGUGUGUUGUCAUUUGUGCGCUAAGCUGCACUAUGGCAUGUAUUCUGCAAAAAAAUCAUUGUUCUCAAUAAGUAGUUUUCUGUCUUAGUGUUCAUUGCAAAACUUGCUAUAUGUCACUCUGAACGGACUUUUUGCAUUGCUCUUAGUAUGAAGGUAGCAAACUAUAAAAACUGUUAGGCAAAAAAAUAAGGUCACGUAACGUUGAUGCAAACUCUUUCUAGCAUGCGCUAGCUUUAAACAAAGCCAGGCGUGUAAUAUGCUUAUCAUGAUUACUCAGAGUAAGUCAAUCUUGGCCAUUUUGAAUCUUGGUCAAAUUUUACUUUGUAAAACUGUAAUUGCCCUUUGUAGCACUUUGUUUACAUCACAAUACAAGAUGUGUUCAUAACACUAGCGCUACAGUAUCACACAUCAGUGGUUCCAUAUUAGGAAGUAAAUCUUGAUUUGUUCUCAAAAAAAACCCAGCAUUGGAACAGAGUUAUACAUUUCAGGGUUAAAUGCUUCUGCUUCUUAAGAUUUUACUAGAAGACUUUUGAAUUUUCUUGUGUAAUUUUCUUUGCCCACUAUAAAGAGUGAAAGAGCGAAAUACACUGAGUAUUCUUUGUCUUUCAGGUUGAUGCAAACAUUUUUCGAACCUUACCUCCAUCUGACAACCCAGACUUUGACCCGGAGGAAGAUGAUCCAACCUUGGAAGCCUCCUGGCCACACUUACAGGUCUGCUACCUUAAAACUUGCUUUCAUAGCAUUUUGGUCAUACAAGUGGAGAUUCUUAAUAUUUCUUUAUUGGUAUAAACUAGUAGUUUUCAUUGGAAAGUAAACUGCUGUGAAUAAAGCAUGUGACUAUUCUCUUUGAAACACUUUAAAAUUGGAACUCAUCCUUGAUGAUUGUUGCUGAUUUUGUGGUAAAUGUUUCAACAUACUGAUUUAAAACGAAUUUUUACUUUUACAAACUUCGUGGUGUUUGAAUCGAUCAAUGAAAUAUGAGCGCAACCUAUACAUUAGGGUUUGUUUACAUUUCGUUGCAGGUUUUAGAUGAUACUAUAAGCCUUAAAAGUUACUGCCAAAUUCCACAAAAAAGCACUCUCUUUUACGUUCUUCAUUUAAGAUAUUGAUUGUAACAAAGUUUAAGGCAAAAUUAAGAGCGAUCAUUUCCUUUAACAAUGCUAUAACUACAUAUUUAAUCGCCAAACCUGAACAGUGAUCUAAUCUGUCUCUUGAUGUAGCCCCCUAAAAUAAUAUUGUUCUAAUGUAAAGUUUGUAUGUUGCAUAUUCAGCGUGCAGUGAUUUUGUUGCCUCUGUGUCCUGCGUCCCUGGUGAAGAGAAAACUCCAAAGACGCAGAAUAAUUCAUGGCAUGUGUCCUGUAGGACGCAAAGAUCAAUCAGUCAAUCUAAACAUAUUUGUAGAAAUAUCCCAUUUGUGUAAUUUAUUUGGCAGUUAUUAUGGCUGUUGUUUAACAAUACAUAUUUCUUUUAGCAUUUGUUGUGCUAUAAAAUAGAAGAACUGUAUUUUAAUUUCAGUGUUCUGUAAUACAGAGUUUUGGAGUCUGUCUUCAGAUUAACUACCUGGUUAUAAAAGACCAAGGGACUCACUGUUUUUUUUUUAACUGGGACUCAUGAUUUUUCGCAAGAAGAGUCCCAAGACUCACCAUAACUCUUUGUCACAAAAUCACUAAGUUUGUAGGAGUAACCCGCAGGUCAAAGUUCAUAUGCAUUUCAUAACAUUCCUAAAUGACUAUCUCUUACUUUCCUUUGACAGAUUGUUUAUGAAUUCUUCCUUCGGUUUUUGGAGUCGGCAGAGUUUCAACCCACCAUUGCCAAAAAACACAUAGAUCAGAAAUUUGUCUUACAGGUAAAGUCAGUUUCCUAUUGCUAUUUGAACAAGUUGAUCUUUCGCAAAUACAAGGAACUUCAAGUUCUCACUGCGCACAUUGUGUUAAAAGAAACCUAAAUUUCAGAUGCCUUGAUUUUUUUCAGAGGCACCAAAAUGACUGCAUUUGAUUAUUAUUUUCACCCGUAAUGAAUCGAAAAAGGCUCAGUUCAAACAUUACAGUUCACAUUUGCUGAAUCUACUGCAAAUGAGCAAGAACAAUAGAUUUUCCGUAUUAGCAUUGAACACAGCACAUUUUUGGGCCUAACUGUGAAUUGUAACAUGUCCUACCAAACAUUUCUGGGAUCCUUAAAAGACUAUUCUCCCCACCUCCUCCUCCUCCCCCCCCAAAAGAUAAUGCUCUUCGAAAUAAUACUUAGUGCAAUAGCUGUAAAGAUUUUACCCAAAAAUGGACAUGAAUCUCCCUUUAGAGAGAUUUACAUGUACAAUACCAUGAUAAACCCAAGUGAAAGUCCCCCUUAAUUAGCCAGCUGGUACUUAAGUUAAAGUUGGAAGGUCAUUCCACAAUUUUCCCAUCAAUUUAAGGUUAUUCUGUGUUGAUAACCGGGCAGGGGGGGCUCCCAUAUAAAAGUGACGGGGAUGAUCGUCGGAAAAGUAAAAUUAAACCCCUAAGGGAGACCAUACUAAAAGCUCCUGGUGUGACGAUAUUUUUUUUCUUUAUACACGGCCCUAAGCGAUACCUGAAUGGGCAAAUUCAGUGACUUUCUGUCUCAAACACCCCAAGUGUGACCAAAAUCUGCAAUUUACGUGUACACUCCCAAGCGAGACGACGAGCAUCUCUGUCACUUUUACAUGGGACGUGGGAUUCCCCCCUCCCCGAAGGUUUAUACUGACUUGCAUCAUUCACAAUGUUGUCAUUUCAGCUUCUUGAGCUGUUUGAUAGUGAAGAUCCUCGUGAAAGAGAUUUUCUCAAGACAGUGCUUCAUAGGAUUUAUGGGAAGUUCCUUGGACUUAGGGCAUAUAUUCGAAAACACAUCAAUCACAUAUUUCUAAAGUAUGUCUGCUAGUUUUUACUUGUUACUUCAUACGAAAGUAAACACUAUCUUUGCGUGAACAACCCAAGCGGUUGUUCACUUUCAUAUCUUUAUUCGCAGCCCAAAAUUUGAUUCAUUUCAUAUAUUUCAAUUAUUUUUUACAUCAUUGAGACAUUUUUAAGGCAACAGCAGCACAAUAUUUUAAAUUAAGGGUUUAAGGGUUUUUGUGGUGUUAGUUACUUUGCAUUUUGCUGAAUCGCCUCCCGUGCAAUGUGAUAAGGUAUUACUGAGCAGGCUGAAUAUGAAUUUGACUUGAUUGUCAACCAGAUGUGUCCCCAGUAUUCCUAUUAUCACCAUUUCCUGGGUCCGGGUUUCUGGGCAGCACUAAGCACUUGUAGAGAUUGAGGGAAAAGAUUUGUAUGGCCUAUCAUCAUUUAACAAACGUGAACAUAAUUUGAAAACUCUUACUAUAAUCAAUUCCAUACUAGUAGUCCAGUAGAAAGGUCUCCUCUGGUUUAUAUCUGACGGCUGUUAUGACUAUUAUUAUAACUACAAUUUGAAUUGAAAGUUUGUAUGUUAACUACAUGGCCACUAACAAAACAGCAAAUAGUUAUGUUGUCAAUGUGCAUUGUACAAUGUAGGUUUGUCUAUGAGACAGAACACUUUAAUGGAGUUGGUGAACUGCUUGAAAUCUUAGGAAGGUAAGAGGAAUUUGAUGACUAAAGUAGGAAAGAAAAAGAGUUGAUUUUUAUCUUUUAUACUAUUGGAUCUUUUUGUUUCAAAUUUCAUAAUUUGUAAUUUUCUGUCUCCAUAUAGUUUUUCUGUGAUAAAUUCUUCGCAAUAUCCUUUACAUUUCCAUAACAUUCCUCAUAAAACUCAGUGUGCUUCAUCUGAUUAUGCGGGUCUUGUGUUGAUAAUCUCGUAAUACACAGACUCAUACCCAGUGCUCCAUGAUGUAAAAGCUGGCAGUGAUUCACAUAUUCGCCUUAAACCAUUGAUCAUGAAGUCUGUACAAAAUGGUGUUCCCCUCAUUAAUGUGCACAAUUUCUUAAUGUCAGGACUUCAGGGGGGAAAGCAGUGCUCCCCUCCUCUCCAAUCCAAUGCAUUAGGUUCCAGUACACAUUUCAUAGUGUUUCGUAUAUGAAUGAUCUUAUCAAUUUAUGCUGUAUUAUAUGCUCGGUAUUUAGUCCCUUCGUUAUCCACAUGGAUCAGAUAAAUAAUGCAAAGGCAACACAAAUGCAAAUGUUGGCACAUCUAAGUGGUUGGUCUGCCUUGCACAGCCCUUCAAGCUGUGACCAUUAUUUUAGGUUGCCAUAGCCAGUAAAAAAAAUUUUGGCGACUAAAAUUUCAGCUUAACGUUAACUGGCCAAUAAUUGACAACCUGUUUCUAGUAGUAUAAAAAAAUUAGCUAAAUUGAGAUAAACAUUUUUGUGAAGUAGUGAUGGGUUCUGUUUUCUUUUUGAUAAUUCAUCUCUUUCCCACAUAAAUCCAUGAAAUGUCACAUGUACAUCCAAAGUCAACCGUGAUAGUUGUGCAUCCAGUUCCAUUUCUUCUUUGUAUUAUUAACUGAUAGUUAUUUUUUAUCCUGGCCACCAGUAUUUUAUGUCUCUUCACUAUCCAAAAGGCAACUUAGAAAAAAGUUGAGCUUAGAGCACUGUUGUGGGACAUGUGCUGCCCAUUAGAAACUAAAGUUGACCUUCCAUCUCUCAACAGCCACAUUCAAGUGUCUAACUGAAAAGCAAUUUUUUUUUUCUUUUUCAGCAUCAUCAAUGGCUUUGCUCUUCCAUUGAAGUCUGAACACAAGCUGUUUUUAAACCGAGUCUUAAUACCUCUUCACAAAGUGAAGUGCUUGGGCCUUUAUCAUGCACAGGUGAGAACAGGAAUCAUUAAAACCUUUCUCGCCAAAAAAUUACUUUAAAACCUGUGAUCAAAAACUACUCUUUCUGGUACAUUCUCACAUAGAACAGUCAUAUUCAACAUGUUUAACUUCAGCUCCUGUCUCCUUAUUUUAGUUAGUGCUGAAAAUGCCUGAAAAUUUUAGGUCCCAAAAGGAUCAUAACCCAUGGGGAAAAUGCUCUUUGGCAGUUUGUGUUAUGUUUUUUAUGAUAAAUUAAUAUAAUUUGUGAAGAAAUAGGACUAGAAAUAAUUGUAAGUGAAGUCUCUGCCAGAAAAUGACUCGAGAAUAGUAAGGACCAUUGAUUCUAGGAGCCUGAUUCUAAGUGAGAUGUUCAUCUCUUAGAAGUACCCUUGAAGAGAGUUAAUUGUAUACAUCAAUCAUUUCAAGCUACUUAUGAAAAUCAAAAUCAUUUUGUUGUUUUGUAGUUGGCAUACUGUGUUGUCCAAUUCUUGGAAAAGGAUGCAACACUAACAGAACAAGUAAGUUGCAAGCCCCUUGUCAGGAAAUUAAAAAUUUUGUCUGUGAAUUUGCCAUAACUUUUAUCGUAAGGAAAAAAAAGUAAAGGAAUUAUUUUUGCUGUUAGUUGUUACUUAGUAGUUGUAAUUUGCCUUAAACUGGAUUGGCCAUAAGAUGUUCUACAUCCCACAACAUUCACCCACCUGAGCUUAUGGGUGCCCUGCCAGAAGCACCAAAUUUGUAGGUGUAGUUGUAGCAUUUCUGUCUGGGGCCAAAGACUUUAAAAUUCAACUGCAACUCCUGUUAUUUGAGAUUUUGGCUCAUCUUCCUCCCCAUUAUAUGUUCAACAGAUAGCAUGUUUAUUGAUAUGCCAAAUCAUUCUUUUUGUAGGUUGUUUUAGGCUUACUUAAAUACUGGCCAAAAACAAGCAGUCAAAAAGAGGUAUGUGAAUAUGUACAUUCGUGGCAAAAUGGCUAUCAGCCCUGUGUUGGUUUGGCGUCUUACAACUCCAGACAGUAUUCAGGGUGUCAUUAAGGUCCCAUCAACACAUGUCUGCUUAUUUUUAGGAGAUUUUUCCUCUGUAUUAGCCUUCCAUCCAUACGUAAAUGGUGUUUUGGGGCACCAAAAAUGGUCCCCAGAGUAAAUAUUUCUAAAACUCUGGCUUAUUGUUUUCCUGUGGAUAGAUGAAAAUGAAGGUUUUCGAAUAGGAUAAUGUUAUACAUCACACAGCACAUGCCCUAUAUAUCAUAUUUCCAUUGUUUUAGCAUUUUCGUGUGAACUGGUUAUUUGUAGAGGAGUAUUUUGAAAUCUCCAUUUUGAAAUUAAAUAUCCGGAUACGUGUGCACAGGGCCUAGGUUUUGAAGCAGCAGUUAAGUAGCAAAUGAAUAUUCACCUGUAACAUCUCACAAAAAUUCAUAUUUUUUGCUUGAUUUGGAUAUAAUUAUGUUGUAUCCCCUGGUGAAGGAAAGACUCUCACCCGUUUUUGAACUCUCAGUUUAACCUGUACUUUAAGACUUCUCAGUUAGAUCUGUACACUGAAGUUCACAAAACUUUGACUAUGAGUCAAAAAAACGGUAUGGCGUUAUGUACCACUAGUAAGUUUUCCAUGCCUUGUGGUUGUAUCUGUCCUACUUAUACUUUAAAAUGUUCUGGAGGGAGUUAAUUAGCACUUCUGUAACACUAUAACGAAUGCAAAACAUUGCUUUUAUCACCCGUAAUAUCAAGGAAGCUCAGGUGUAACGGGUGUUAUAGCAGGUUAUGACCCUUAUUAGAGAGUUUAAGAUUCAUGUAUACAGUAAAUGUCAGAUUCAAGUUGAGAAUUUCUCAAAAUGGAAAAUGAGCAAUUAAAACAGCUCAGCAAAUUUGUAUGGAUAAAAAUUGCAAAAUUGCGUGAAAGUACUAAUUGUGUAGAAAUAAAGAAGAGUAGGCGACAAGCAAAGGAUAAACUUGGUCACGUGGUACAAAUUCUCGUUUGACAUAGAUAAGAUGCUUAACCUCUCUAAUAACAGCUCUGGUACUGUACUAAUUUUGCUGGGAACAAACCCUACCGCCACAACAGAAUUGUGUUUGUAUUAAUUAAUAAGGAACUUUAAAUAUUGUUGUGUUAUUAUUGUUUAUAUAUGGAUCCAUUAUGUUUGACAUCAUCAUUGCCCCACGGGAACUCAGUGCCACUAAAACACUUAUAACAGAAAGACUAUAAGAAUUUCUCUUUGUCACAAAAUUGCAGGUGAUGUUCCUAGGUGAAAUAGAAGAAAUAUUAGAUGUUAUAGACCCUACCCAGUUUCAAAAAGUUAUGGAACCAUUGUUUAAAAAUAUUGCAAGAUGUGUAUCUAGCCCCCACUUUCAGGUGAGUUUUGGUUAUUAAUUUUUUAUGUGAACUUUGACUAAACAAAAAAAGGAAGGAAUUUUGUCUUAACCUGCUAAUACAGCUGCGUCUCCUCACUCUUUGCCGCUAGGGACAUUUCUGCAAAAAAUACCCAGCAGCUAGUGGGAGUGAGGAGAGGCGGCUGUAUUUGCAGGCUAACCUAGACUUUGGGCCAUCUAUUCGGUGACCAAGUGAAUUGGAACCAUUUGCCCCCUUUUUUCACUUUUUUUUUUGUGCACUCAUUGUACUGACAAUUUCUUGUGCUCCUUUCAGUUUGCAUUGAGAAAGUAAACAGGUUAUGAAAAGUCUCUCUGGUGUAGAGCUAUUUGGAAGUGCUCACUUAAACCUGUUUACAUUUCUGGCAAGGCAUUCAGCAUUGCAUUACAAUAAUUGAUGGAAACGAGCUUGUGGCCUGCUGAUUUGUAUUGGAAUAUUGGAUGCAACAAUAUCAUUUAAUCCUCUGAGAAGUAAUAUUAUUGAAAAAAACAUUAUCUUGAAGAACUAUUUUUUUCAACGAACUUUCCUUAUUUUUAAGUCAAGUUUCCUGAAUGUUUUGUAUCUACCUAUUUAUUAAUUACCGUUAAUAUUACUUAUUUAUUUAUUAUUUUUCUGUCUGGCCAGGUCGCGGAAAGAGCGCUUUACUUUUGGAACAACGAGUACAUUAUGAGUUUGAUUGAAGAAAACUCCAACGUUAUCUUACCAAUCAUGUUUUCCAGUUUAUAUAGGAUAUCCAAGGAUCACUGGAACCAGUAAGUACCGUUUCCUAGCUUUUCACUCACUCUUUCCUCGGUUGCGGGCCAGGGGUUUUUGCUUCUAUUGAGUGAUAUAUUGUAUCUUGCAGGGAUGGGUACCCUCUGUAACCUGCAACCAGGAUCCUUGGUGGGAAAAAAUGGCAAAUAACUUGGUUCGCGAGCCGAGCAAAGGACUCAUGGGAGGUGGGGAGCGCGGAGAGGGGGGCUGUCCCAAUCCUUCGCUCGUCGUACCUCUUUCUUCGCGCUCGCCCCGUUAUCGCCCACCCCCCCCCUUCGCAACUAAGGAGCUUGGUGCCAAGUUAUACACCUGUUGCAGGCCCCUCUCUUAAUUAGUUACAACCAAUCACAGUGGUCGAAAAUCUCGAAAUAAACCAAUCAAAGCGAAAGUUAGCCUGCCUAGCUGGCGAGAUUAGUGGGCGAGUGCAAUUAUUGUUUUGCGCGCCGCCAAGAAAGUAACCCCCAUGGCAUAUAUCCCAUCCUGCCAGCAGUCCCGCCAGCUACGCAGGCUAAACAAAAGUACGACGUGACCUGUUGGAGAAACAGCAAAACGUGUAAUUGGUGAACUAAAAGCGCGGGGGAAAAUGUCGAGCAGAUGGAAGUAGUGAAAACACGAGAAAACAUUUUUAGGUGGAAAGUUAAGAAAGGUUGGCUUGUCGAUAUUUGCCUGGCGGGGUAUGUUAUUAGCCAAGGUGUAAUUGCAGCAUCUGAUAAUAUUGAAGUGUUUGAGGUAAGAAUUGAAGCGAGCUAAGAAAUUUCCUGCAUUGAACAGUUCGCUUAUAUUGCGUUAACAAAGAGGUCCUUCUGUUAACUUUGAUGUAUAUCAUGUUUCUGCAGUCGCGGGUUGAGUCCAUUAAAGUUAAUCUUCGUAGGCGUUAAGCCUUCUGUUUUUGUUAACUUAAUGGCGGUUUGUCAGGCUAUCCUUUUUUAUUUGACUUGUUUUGUUGGAUUAACAGCAGGCAUUGGGUUUUGUUGCUUUUAUAUGCUAUACAUGUCACGGCAUUAUAGAAAACUCUGAAAUUUGUGAUACAUUUCAUGAGAUACAGUGUUAAUAGCACCAAAGAUGAUUUUAGGAAUGUGCUGGAAAACAUAUCGACUGGCACGCUAAAGAGGACGUAACCCUUGUAAACUUUAUCAAAUCGAUAAUUGGCGAAAUUUGCUUGCCAGGGGUGUGUAAAGAAAUUUCAUUUAGGCGUGUGGGUGUGAGGUUUUAAGAAAGCCUGUUUCCCUCAACCUUGGAAUAGGGUAAAAUCGAGUCAAUGAAAUAAUCGUUGUCGGUGGUAAAAUGCAAUUCAAGGAGUAAUAUCUGAUUGAUCGUCUUCAGGACCAGGAGAAGGGCAAUUUUUAUGAGUGGGAAAACAAAAACAACGCGGCAAACGUCCAGAACGACGCCUUAAUAACAAUUUCAUAUUUCGAGGAGUUCUCGACAUUUUUCUGCUAAUCGAACGCUUUUUUACUGCCAGGGUUCACUGCAUGGCGAAUCCCGACAAAUUGACUGGGAUAUGUAAGACCACCCAUAUACAUCGCUCUUUGCUUGGGCUUUGUUAAGAAGAUUAAUCAGGAUCUUUGUUACCUUAGAGAACCCGAGAUCUUAGCUCUAAUAAAUGAGGCUUCAGUGUACGAAAUCUUCAAACCUUUUAAGGAUAGUCAGGAUUAUUUUAUCAAAUCAGAUUUUCACUCAUUUCUGAUCGUUUUGCAGAACCAUCGUGGCGCUUGUGUAUAACGUCUUGAAGACCUUCAUGGAAAUGAAUUCAAAACUCUUUGAUGAGCUAACAUCGUCAUACAAAGCCGAUAGACAAAAGUAAGUUAGUUGUUCCUUUUUGGAACUGUUCUUCGUCGGCUCUUUCUUGUUUAUGUAUCCCCUUUUGCAGUAUUCAUAGUGUGAGGUGGUGUACUUUGAUCUAAUCUACUUAAUUUCCCGGGCUUAAUUUGAAGUCAGAUCAUCUUCUUUCCUUACAUAAUAACACUGACCUCGAGACACUUUAUCCAGUCCAAAGACCCACAAGCCAGAACCAGUUUUUACAAUUUGAUGUACAGUAGCACAGGUGGAGAGAUGCUGAACAUUCAUUUCCAGGCACGUAGGAGGGUUUCACGUACCAUGGAGCUGUUUAACAGCCUUUUCUUUAACCCUACUUGUACACACCUAGUCGUUGUGGUCGAGUGAUAACGAAAUAAAACUGUGUCUUUGGUUUGCGAGUGAAAACAACGUUUCCAUGGAACCUUGUCAAACACUGUUAACUCAGUGGAAAACCCUCGCCAACCCAUAUCUGUUACUCGUGACUCAUUUGCGCGUUCCAUUCAUUCCGAGAUUCCAUGCUCAAAUCUUUCUUGCUGACUCUGCUAGUGUUUAAAGACAGGCGUUUACCUUCUGUCGACUUGCAGUAAUUGCCCUUCGUUUUUAACACUGAAAUUUGUGGACUUUUUUGCAGGGAAAAGAAAAAAGAAAAAGAAAGGGAAGAACUGUGGAAACGACUCGACAAGUUGGAAAUCGAAUCAAGGAAUAACUCAACCACUUCAGCGUCGACUGUUGCAGGCAAUCCAUCCUCCAGUGCCGGGAGCUCGGGGACGUCAAAGAGCUGAAUGCGCGACUGUUGUGUUUUCCUGAUCUUCGAACAUUUUGAUUAGCGUGACAGUGUUCAUAACAUGACAUUGUUACCGAUAAUAUACCGUCAGAAAUUAUUAUUGAUUUCCAGUUUGAGGAAAGGUGAACUUCAGCUGACAACACCCUUGUGCGGCGACAUGCUCGAGGAAUGUAUUAAUUUAAGGUGUCGUACAUUGUUCACAUCCCGAGUUCUAACUCUACCUUAGGUUACUAGCAGCGUCUGGAGAAAGAGUGGCAAGAGUAACUUUGCGAGUCAUUUAUGGUAGUUUGCUUAGAGGUCUGUGAAGCGCCUUGAGCAAUGUACACUUAGUAAUAUCGCGCCAGUGGCCUCUCUACGUAGCAUCAAAAGUGCCGUGACAUUCUCUUUCCUGUGUGUGUAUCGACACUGGCGCUUAGAGAUCCCGCAUUCCUUAUACUCGCUUCUGAAGAAGUUCAUUCCCUCUAGGGCUGGAUUAACCUGGAUUAGUCUUUCCUCACUCCUGGCCGCUAUGGAUGUUUCAGACUUCCCUUGCGGCGAAGAGCGAGGAAAGACGGCUGUAUUCGCAGGCUAGGUCCGCUUGCACAGGCGAUUUUAUCGUGCGAUUUCAUUUGUCGCUUCAAGCCCGCUCAAAUUUUGAUGCGAUUUAAUUCUGCGCGAGGGUUACCAGUAACAAUCCAUAGCUAAUAAUUGUUUACAUUAAGUGCGCCUUACCGUCACCGCUGCAUAAAGAUGUGAAAAACGACAUGAAAUCACGCGAAAAAUCGUCUGUGGGGCUUUUACAGGCAAACUUUCUUGUAAUUAUUCUAGUUAUGUAGAUAGACCUUUUCUGUCCUUUCUGGAGACCUCAGCUCUAAAACCAAUGUUGAAAAUAUUGAGCAUGUUUUAUUUUAUUUCGAAGCCUUAUUUUCAUUUUAAAAGUGAGGGUUAGGGGUAAGUCCCGGUAUUAUAUUGUUGAGAGAAACUAAUGUAAUUUGAGCUUAAAGCAUACUCAAUGCGAGAAAGUCGCUUACUCGGGUAAUGUAAACCUAAUUCUAAUUGGUAGAGAUAAUACCUCCCUGCGUUCUGAUUGAUUAAAGUAAGUCUUGCGCGUUUGUUUGCACCAAUCCCAACAAAUUUUCUGAGAAUGUUCAUUUACUUUGCGGACAGAACUCGAAAAUUAGAGAGGUAAAAAUGAUCUCGCCUCGAUCAUGAUGAGAUACCGAAGAAGACCUUACAUUGCAUCCAAUUGCGCCUUUUGUUUUGUUUGUUUUUUCUUUGUUCGUUUUUUUUUAGCAGGAAUCAAACUAGGUGCUGUUGAAAGCUGGAUUGCUAAAACGGAGUUAAAACACCAUUUGUUGUAAUAUAUUAAGACAGGAAGAAAAAGAAGACAAGAUAAGAUGUACUGUUUUUCAGUUGAGGUUUCCCGGAAAAUUUUGCUUUCCAUUUUCUCCAUCAAUUUUCGUGUAUCUAUAAAAAUUUUUACUUUGAGGUCGCUUUACUGAACUCU